AGCAACCCCAACAACAACACCAACAUCACCAGCAGCAACACCAACAACGGCAACACCAACAACACCAGCGGCAACACUAACAACACCAGCAGC